UAUAUCGGUUCGUUGAGCGCUCGAGGUUUCGCCUCCUCCUCUCUGCCUUGACGUCACUUCCUCCGUGAAUGACUUAGUCUUCUCCGAACGUCAGUCGUGUCGUGGUUCUUGCUUGUGUUUCGCUCGCUGUAGGAGUAAAUAAUUUAACAUACAAGGAUGCCAAUUCCUGCUGGAGAUGCAGCUAAGGGUAAAAGCAUUUUCCAAAAGAAGUGUGCUCAGUGCCAUACAGUAGAUCCUGGUGGAAAACACAAAACUGGACCAAAUUUGUAUUGUCUGAUAGGACGUAAAACUGGCCAGGCACCUGGCUUUGCUUACACUGAGGCCAAUAAAAACAAAGGUAUUACUUGGACAAGGGAGACUCUUUUUAUUUAUCUAAAGAAUCCCAAGGAAUACAUUCCUGGCACAAAGAUGAUAUUUGCAGGUAUUAAGAAAGAAAAAGAACGAGCCGAUGUUAUAGCCUAUCUGGAAGAAUGCUGUAAAUCAUAAUGACAAUUGACUUAGAGAUCUCAAAAUAAUAGGAUUAGAUAAUAAAAUAGAGAAAAAUAUAAUUUCGAUUUUGUUCGGUUUGUAUGUCUCAUAAAAUAUUGUAAAAAAAAUUACAUUCUAAGAACAUUGCAGGAAAAUAUCACAGACUAUAAUUAAAACCUUUUCUUUUUAAAACCAUUGGAAAAAAAAAAAAAGAUCUCAGAGUAACAGCAUAUAUCAGUAUUGUGAAUAA